GACGGCCCGGGACGCCUGCGUGCAACGAGCGGGCGUGGCGUCCGGGGCGCGGGGCGGCCUCUCUUCUCCCGCGGCCGGCGCCGGGGCUUCUCGUGCCUGGGGAGCCGCGGCUCAGCGGCUGCCGAGCGCCGGGCGGCCUAGCCGGGCGUCGCCUCCGAGCGAGCCUGCGGGGAAGGCGGAAAGGCGGCGGCAGCAUGAGUCAGCAGCGGCCGGUCCGGAAGCUGCCCAGCCUGCUCGUGGACCCGGCGGAGGAGCCGGUGCGCCGCCGCUGCCGGGACCCCAUCAACGUGGACAGCCUGCUGCCAUCACAAAUAAGGAUUAACUUAGAAGAUAACGUACAAUAUGUGUCCAUGAGAAAAGCUCUAAAAGUGAAGAGACCUCGUUUUGAUGUGUCACUGGUUUAUUUAACUAGAAAAUUUAUGGAUCUUGUCAGAUCUGCUCCCGGGGGUAUUCUUGACUUAAACAAGGUUGCCACCAAACUGGGGGUACGGAAGCGAAGAGUAUAUGACAUCACCAACGUCUUGGAUGGAAUCGACCUGGUGGAGAAAAAAUCCAAGAACCACAUUCGCUGGAUAGGCUCUGACCUUAACCAUUUUGGAGCACUGCCCCAGCAGAAGAAGCUGCAGGAGGAGCUGUCAGACCUGUCGGCCAUGGAGGAGGCUCUGGACGAGCUGAUCAAGGACUGUGCCCAGCAGCUGUUUGAGCUAACAGACGACAAAGAGAAUGAAAGACUAGCAUACGUCACCUAUCAGGACAUCCGCAGCAUCCAGGCUUUCCACGAGCAGAUUGUGAUCGCUGUGAAGGCUCCGGCUGAAACCAGGCUGGAUGUGCCCGCACCCAGAGAGGACUCCGUCACCGUGCACAUCAGGAGCACCAAGGGGCCCAUCGACGUGUACCUGUGUGAGGUGCAGCAGGACCCCCCGAGCAGCAAGACCUCUGGCUGUGGUGGGGCCGUUACUUCCAGAAGCAAAUGUGCAGAGCCCCCUGAGGAAGAACAGAAGCUUCCUCAGCAAGGGGAAGAACUUGAAGUGAGCAACUGAGGGUCGUGAAUGCCCUGACGUCCUAGCGGGGCAACGACGCGUCAGCUCGGACGUUGAGCAGCAACUCGCCCACGAGCCUUGGUCAUCCACGGU